CCAAGAGCAAACCAGCAGUAAGGAAGGGAUGAUUCCGACGGUGAGAUUGAGCUUCAAACAAACCCCUCAAGGUGUUGUUGAUUUUCCAGUUUUCAAGAAAGAAUCUUCAGAGGCUUACAAGAUUAUGGAUUGGGUUUUCAAAGCAUCGUCUUCAUGGGACAUGACCGAAUUGGAUUUUGGUGUGUUGGAUGAUACCAACAAGAAUCAAUAUAUGGAGGUUUUCUCUGUUGAUCCAAGUUCUGGUAAAUCAUUCAACAAAUGGAAUGAGCAAAAACAUUCAACAAUGUCUGGUUCAUCUAAGAAACAACACAUAUCAUGUUUAGUGGAUGGAUGCACAGCAGACCUCACUAGCUGUAGAGACUAUCAUCGGCGCCAUAGGGUUUGUGAAACUCAUUCUAAGACCCCAGUUGUCACCAUAGGUGGCAAAGACCAAAGGUUUUGCCAGCAAUGCAGUAGAUUCCAUUCAGUUGGGGAGUUUGAUGAAGUGAAGAGGAGUUGCAGGAAGCGUCUUGAUGGACAUAACAGGCGUAGGAGAAAGCCUAAGCCAGAAUCCAUGUACUUGAAUUAUGGGAGCUUUUCAACCAAUCAUCAAGGUACAAAACUUGUGCUCUUUGGUGGCUCACCAGAAUACACGAGCAUUCCUCUGAGGUGGCCUUAUAAUGAAAAGUUGAAGCAGCAGGUGCAUGUUAGCGUUCAACAGAGGACACCAUCACAUCCCUAUACCCGUUUCUGCAUUGCAAGGGAGAAAAAGUUCCCAUUCCUGUUGGGCACUGAAGCCUCCUCCCAAAUUCCUGAAAGAUUAGUUGAACCAAAGGGUGCUCUCUCUCUUCUGUCAAAACACACAAUACAUACUUCCAAGGCUAGCCCAAGCGAUCCAUUAAAUCAUCAUCCACUUCUUCCAUUAGGAAAUGUAAGAGGUGGUGACACCGAUAAUCACAGUGAAGGAUUGUUGGAAGAUGAAUCAUAUACUUGGCCGUCUCAAAUUGAAGUUGACAACUUGUAUAUAUAAAAUUGUUAUUUUGUUGGCAUUGAUUGUGUUUAUGUUAACAAUGGCUCACUAGCUAGCCAUUGAUGGAAAGAAAUGGAACAGUCCAUGACACCUGCUCUAAUUGUAAUGGCUACUUGCAUUACUUGUUAGCUUGUAUCUGUGCUCUAUCAAGUUGGUAAUUAGUU